AUGACGAAGUGGCUAGAGCGGCGCGAAAAGGUGAUCCACCUUGCAAAGUACAUAAUCUGGCGUUCCCACCAAGCCGUGUCAGCCGAAAAUAUCAUCGCGGUUGCAUACGAGCGUCGUUGGGAGCCGCCAGACAUGGCUUGCGCUCUUCACCAGAAGAUGACUCGGCAUCCCACUCGCAAGGGUGUCGACCUUGAACUCCUCGCCUCACCGUCGCAUUAUGGUGCGACAUUCUUCGUCCCGGCUCUCGCCCGAUUCAUUGCUCAGUACAACAACCCCACACUCUCAAUCCAGCAGAUUGAAGAAUGCGCAGCAACGAUCCGUUUUCCCUUCCACUCGGUUCCAGUCUUUCACAAGAUCAAAUUCUGGAAUGAAGAGGUCCACGGCAAGGAGACUUUGGAUUCUAUCCAUGCCCAUCCCCGCAUCUUCGAUAAAGAUGGGGAUGUCGUAGUCCCUGCCCCUUUCGACACUGCACUCAUCCAGGUACGUGCCGCACGACUCGAAGACUUAGUGGGAUCGACCCUCCAAGCGAAGCGCGUUGGACAGAUUCGUUUAAAAUUUUGUCUCUGCCGUCGUCAGCCUUGGGACUUUUUCCUCAUAACAGUCCUCCACCUCGCCACCUUGCUUACGUGGAAUGGUUUUCGAAAUUCACGGCAUCUCCUGACGCAAACCUCAAGAUGUACAAGGUAA